AUGACACACGACGCCGUCUGGUUCUCACGUCCCCGCAAAUUCGGAAAGGGCAGCCGUCAAUGCCGUCUCUGCGCCCACCAAGCCGGUCUCAUUCGCAAGUACGGCCUCGAUCUCUGCCGUCAAUGCUUCCGUGAAAAGUCUGCUGCAAUCGGUUUCGUCAAGGCGACGCGUAGCAAUACCACCACCAUGGAGGUUUUUGCACCUUCAAACUCCUCGACUGCUGCGGCAGUCACAUUCAUCACAUUCGUCCAAGACCUCAAGAAGAAGACGAAAGCAUGGGGCCCAAUGAUUGAGCUCUGUGCAAACGGAGAGAAGACCCUAGAGCGCUUCAGAUACCAGUUCCCAGAGGACUGGCUAUACAGUGACCAACUACGUGGCGAAUGGAGUGCUUACAACGAGAUAUUGAAGAGGAAAAAUGACUCUAUCCAGGAGCAACUUGCUGGACUGCAAUUGAAGAUUGUGGCGGAAGACAAGAUUGUGGAGAACAAGAUCAACGACAUACUGCAGGAAUGGGAACAGACUCGUCCAGUGCAAGGGAAUAUGAGGGCCGACACUGCAAUGAACACCAUUAACGUCUUCGAGGGAAAGCUCAACCGCGUGCAAGAGGAGUACGACCUCGUCUGUCGUGCAAAGGAAGCCCUGGACCUCGAAUUAACGCGUCACACACGUCUCGAGCCUGUUUUUGAAGAGUUACGCGACUUAAAGGCGGUUUGGACGGCUCUCUCUGGAAUCUGGGGCCAAAUCAGCGAGCUGAGGGAGCUUUCGUGGGCUACGGUGCAGCCGAGGAAGCUGAGGCAACAAAUUGAUGGCCUCCUUACUUCCACCAAGGAGAUGCCGACGAGAAUGAGGCAGUAUGCUGCUUUCGAAUAUGUGCAGGAAAUCCUGCGGGGCCUGCUCAAGUCCAACUCCCUCGUCUCUGAGCUCAAGUCUGAAGCUCUCAAGGAUCGCCAUUGGAAGCAACUCCUCAAGAAUCUCCGGCUUCCAUCUCAGAUUAGUUUGCCCUAUAUGACACUUGGACAUGUUUAUGAUUUGGAUUUGAAGAAGAAUGAGAGCUUGAUCAAAGAGGUUAUCAUACAGGCUCAAGGAGAAAUGGCCCUCGAGGAGUACAUCAAGCAAGUGAAAGAGACUUGGACAAGCUAUACCCUGGAUCUAGUCAAUUAUCAGAACAAAUGCCGUCUCAUUAGAGGUUGGGAUGACUUGUUCAACAAGUGCAGCGAGAACUUGAAUUCACUCACUGCCAUGAAGUUGUCGCCAUACUACAAAGUCUUUGAGGAGGAGGCCGGAUCUUGGGAGGAGAAGCUCAACAGAAUUCACGUUCUCUUCGAUGUCUGGAUCGAUGUCCAGCGCCAGUGGGUUUAUUUGGAAGGGAUCUUCUCCGGCAGUGCCGACAUCAAACAUCUUCUUCCCGUCGAAAGCGCUCGCUUCCAGAACAUCAACUCCGAAUUCCUGACAGUUAUGAAGAGGGUCUACAAAUCUCCCUUCGUCCUCGAUGUUCUCAACAUCCAGGGAAUCCAGAAGAGUUUGGAACGUCUCGCAGACCUUCUUAACAAGAUACAAAAGGCCCUGGGUGAAUACCUGGAGAGGGAACGGUCCUCCUUCCCUCGAUUCUAUUUCGUGGGAGACGAGGAUCUUCUUGAAAUUAUCGGUAACAGCAAAGACAUCCUUCGCAUCAUGAAGCACCUCAAGAAGAUGUUUGCUGGCAUCUCAACAGUUUCCCUUGACGAGGACAUUACACAGAUCCAAGGCAUGGCGUCUAGAGAAGGUGAAGAGGUCCCUUUUACCGAACCAAUCCUCUUAAAAGACUUUCCCAAAAUCAACGAUUGGUUGGCGAGAAUCGAAGCGAUGAUGCGCUUGUCGCUAGCCAACCUCCUUACAGAUGCCGUCACGGAGCUCCAAACCUUCUAUGGCAAGGGCGCCCUUGAUGCAGACCAGUUCAUGGCAUGGAUGGAGAAAUAUCCUGCUCAGUUAGUUACGCUCGCUGUCCAAGUCGCCUGGACUGCCUCUGUUGAAGGCUCGUUGGAAUCGUCACAGGUUCCGGCUGCCUCUCUGGAAGUCAUUCAUCAGGCACUCGACCUUCUGGCAGACAUUGUAUUGAAGGAACUCCAGCCUGUUACUCGUCGUAAAUGCGAACACCUCAUCACCGAGCUCGUACAUCAGCGGGACGUCACUCGAACUCUUAUCCAGCAGGGCGUUCUCGACUCUAAGAACUUCACCUGGCUUUACCAAAUGCGAUUCUAUCUCGACAGAUCGAUCGAAAAUCCCUUGGACCGACUUGCGAUCAGAGCUGCAGACGCGACAUUCCCAUAUGGUUGGGAAUAUCUUGGGGUCGUGGAUAGGCUUGUCCAGACUCCCCUUACCGAUCGAGUGUACUUGACUUUGACUCAAGCACUUGACAAUCAGCUAGGAGGAGCGCCUUUCGGGCCCGCUGGAACUGGAAAAACUGAAUCGGUCAAAGCACUUGGAGUACAGCUUGGCCGCUUCGUGCUUGUGUUCUGCUGCGACGAAACGUUUGAUUUUCAAGCUAUGGGCCGUAUUUUCGUUGGUCUUUGUCAAGUUGGAGCCUGGGGCUGCUUCGACGAAUUCAAUCGUCUCGAAGAACGCAUUCUCAGUGCCGUCUCUCAGCAAGUACAGGCAAUCCAACAGGGUUUAGCCCUACUAGUGAAGAACCCAAACACAGAAAUCGAACUUGUCGGCAAGAGUCUCAAGAUUAACAAGAAUAUCGGUAUCUUUAUCACCACUAAUCCCAACUAUGCUGGACGUUCGCAACUUCCUCCUAAUCUGACCAAGUUAUUCAGACCCAUGGCCAUGACGCGUCCUGAUCGCGAGCUCAUCGCUCAGGUCAUGCUUUUCUCGCAAGGUUUCCGCACGGCAGAGUCGCUCGCUUCCAAGAUCGUCCCAUUCUUUAAUCUCUGCGACGAACAACUGUCGCCUCAACCCCAUUACGACUUUGGAUUGCGUGCUCUCAAGGCUGUGUUGGCAAGUGCUGGUAUUUUGAAGCGUGAACGCCUUCAAAAUUCCCGUUCGGAGGGCGAGGACGUUAGCGCUCUAUCGGACAAUAUAUCAGAGCAGAUCAUUCUCAUUCAAAGUGUCACCGAGACGAUUGUCCCAAAACUCGUGGCAGAUGAUGUCCCUCUGUUGACCAGCCUCCUUGCCGAUGUGUUCCCAGGCGUUGACUAUCUGCCUGUUGAUCUCGAAGCCCUUCGAGAACAAAUCGUUAAAGUUUGCGCGGAAAGGCGCUUGGUCGACGGAGAGCGCUGGAUCUCCAAGAUACUGCAACUCUAUCAGAUCCAAAAAAUUCAACAUGGUUUGAUGAUGGUUGGACCUUCAGGAAGUGGAAAGACAAACGCUUGGCAAGUUCUUUUGGCCGCCCUCGAACGACUCGACGGUGUAGAAGGGGUUUCGUAUGUCAUCGAUCCGAAGGCGAUGCACAAGGAUGCUCUAUAUGGUACCUUGGAUCCAACCACCCGAGAAUGGAACGAUGGAUUAUUUACUCACGUCCUUCGUAAAAUCGUGGAUGAUGUUCGCGGUGAAAGUGGCAAGAGGCAUUGGAUCAUUUUCGACGGAGACGUUGAUCCUGAAUGGGUUGAAAACUUAAAUAGCGUCCUCGACGACAACAAGCUCCUGACAUUGCCUAACGGCGAGCGCCUUAACCUUCCCCCGAAUGUACGCAUCAUGUUCGAAGUUGAGCACUUGAAGUAUGCGACUUUGGCCACCGUUAGUCGUUGUGGUAUGAUCUGGUUCAGCGAAGAUGUCGUUGAACCCUCUAUGAUGUACCGCAAUUACCUUUCAACGCUGGCGUCGGUACCGUUGGACGCCGAUGAUGAAGACGCAGGAGACGUUCUAGGACAUAUAACUGGUCCGACCACGGAUACAUCUGCAAAUUUGGAGAGUCAGAAGCAGAUCGCCAACAUGCUCGAACGCUAUUUCUCGGAGGGUGAGUUAGUCAGCUUAGCCCUGAAUUUUGCCGAAUCCAUGGAACACAUUAUGGAUUUCACCAUCACCCGAGCUCUCAACACCCUGUUCUCCCUCGUCAACAAAACCGUCCGGAACAUCAUCGAAUACAACUUACAACACUCCGACUUUCCACUAGCUCCUGAGCGCGUCGAACAAUAUGUAACCAAACGUCUCCUCGUCAGCAUCAUUUGGGCCUUCUCUGGUGACGCUAAAUUGGAUCUACGAGCAGAACUAGGCGGAUUCCUGCGCAAACACACAGGAAUAGAUCUCCCCCCACUAGGUCCCGGAAGUUCAUUAAUCGACUUCGACGUCCAAGUGAACACGGGAGAAUGGAUAGCUUGGCAGUCUCGAGUCCCCGUCAUCGAAAUCGAAGCCCAUGCCGUCACCGCUUCCGACGUCGUCGUUCCCACUAUGGAUACCGUUCGCCACGAAGAAGUGCUUUACUCUUGGCUUUCUGAACAUAAGCCCCUCAUGUUGUGUGGACCUCCUGGUUCAGGGAAAACUAUGACUCUAUUCAGCGCACUUCGCAAGUUGCCCGAUAUGGAAGUUGUGGGCCUGAACUUCUCCAGUGCGACCACACCUGAACUUAUCCUCAAGACUUUUGAACAGUACUGCGAGUAUCGCAAGACCCCCAAUGGUGUCAUCCUUGCUCCAGUGCAGAUUGGUCGAUGGCUUGUUGUUUUCUGCGAUGAAAUUAAUCUGCCAGCUGCUGAUAAGUAUGGUACUCAGCGAGUCAUUUCGUUCCUGCGACAACUGGUGGAAAGCGGUGGAUAUUGGCGGGCCAGUGACAUGGCCUGGGUCAAGCUUGAGCGCAUUCAAUUUGUUGGAGCUUGCAACCCUCCAACGGAUCCGGGACGGGUGCCCCUCAGCCAUCGUUUCCUUCGACAUGCGCCUCUGGUGAUGGUCGAUUACCCCGGAGAAAUUUCGUUGAAGCAGAUUUAUGGCACCUACAAUCGUGCUCUGCUCAAGGUUCUACCCAAUUUGCGCGCAUAUGCGGAGCCUCUUACAGAUGCCAUGGUCUCGUUCUACCUGGCAUCCCAGAAGCGCUUUACAACGGAUAUUCAAGCACACUACGUCUACAGUCCGCGUGAACUAACCCGUUGGGUUCGAGGUAUCUACGAAGCCAUUCGCCCUCUCGAAAUUCUCUCUGUUGAAGGCCUUGUUCGUGUCUGGGCGCAUGAAGCCCUUAGACUGUUCCAAGAUCGUCUGGUCACGGAAGAAGAAAGGAAUUGGACAGAUGACCAUAUCGACGCCGCAGCCAUGGAACACUUCCCAACGAUCACCAGGGAGGAAGCCUUAGGCCGCCCAAUUCUUUAUUCCAAUUGGACGUCGAAGAACUACAUUCCUGUUGACAGAGACACUCUCCGAGAGUACACCAAAGCUCGUCUUCGGGUCUUCUACGAGGAAGAACUGGACGUUCCUCUUGUCCUCUUUAAUGAUGUCCUCGACCAUGUCCUUCGUAUUGAUCGUGUAUUCCGACAAGUUCAAGGUCAUUUACUGCUGAUUGGUGUUAGUGGCAGUGGGAAGACCACCUUGUCUCGUUUCGUGGCAUGGAUGAAUGGCUUAAGUAUUUUCCAAAUCAAAGUUUCCAACAAGUACACCGGCGAAGAUUUCGACGAUGAUCUCCGAACUGUUCUCCGUCGGGCAGGCUGCAAGGGCGAGAAGAUCUGUUUCAUCAUGGACGAGUCCAACGUUCUUGAUUCCGGAUUCCUGGAGCGAAUGAACACCCUAUUGGCAAACGCUGAAGUCCCUGGACUUUUCGAAGGCGAUGAACAUGCAGCAUUGAUGACAGCCUGCAAAGAAGGAUCGCAACGUGAUGGAUUAAUGCUGGAUUCCGCCGAAGAACUAUAUCGAUGGUUCACUCAGCAAGUCGCAAAAAAUCUCCACGUCGUUUUCACGAUGAAUCCCCCCGAAAAUGGUCUUGCCUCCAGAGCGGCAACAUCUCCUGCACUGUUCAAUCGUUGCGUGCUGGACUGGUUCGGUGACUGGUCUGAUCAAGCCUUUUACCAGGUUGGUAUGGAGUUUACACAUACCCUGGAUCUUGACCUGCCAUCGUACAGUCCUCCUGCUCACUUCCCAGUUGCUUAUCGGGCCUUGUCUCUCCCCCCCAUACACCGCACAGCUGUUGUCAAUGCCCUGGUUCAUGUGCACCAGUCUUUGCACCAGAUCAACCAGCGCCUAAGCCGUCGCCAAGGUCGGUACAAUUACGUAACUCCGCGACACUAUCUUGACUUUAUUAAUCACUACGUCAGACUGUACACGGAAAAGCGCGACGAACUCGAGGAGCAGCAACGCCAUCUGCAUGUCGGUCUUGACAAGCUCAAAGACACCGUAACUCAAGUCGAAGAGCUUCGAAAGAGUCUGGCUAUCAAGCGCUCUCAACUCGAGGCCAAAGAUGCCGAAGCCAAUGAAAAGCUCAAGCGCAUGGUCUCUGAUCAACAAGAGGCUGAACAGAAGAAGGCAGCAUCAAUACAAAUUCAGGCCGAACUCGCAGAGCAGGAUCGCCACAUUGAACAGCGUCGGGCUGUCGUUAUGGCUGAUCUAGCAGACGCCGAACCGGCAGUGCUUGAGGCACAAUCUGCCGUAAGCAAUAUCAAGAGGCAACAUCUGCAAGAAGUCCGAACCAUGGCCAAUCCUCCUGAAGCCGUCAAACUCGCUAUGGAGUCGGUCUGCACGAUCCUGGGGCACAAGAUUGAUAGUUGGCGUACUGUUCAAGGUAUCAUCCGCCGUGAUGAUUUCAUUCAGCGCAUCGUCAACUUUGAUACCAACACUCAAAUGACGAAGAGCCUUCGAGAACUCAUGAAGAAAGAAUUCCUUAGUAGACCGACCUACAACUUCGAGACAGUACAACGGGCCAGUAAGGCGUGUGGACCGCUCGUCAAAUGGGCUCUGGCUCAGGUGCGAUUCUCCGAAAUCCUGGAUAAAGUCGAACCACUCCGCAACGAGGUGCAAUCGCUAGAGAGGCAAGCGGAAACAACGAAGAAGCAGGCGCAGGCCAUGGUUGAGAUGAUAGCCCAACUGGAAGCGAAAAUCGCGAAAUACAAGGAGGAGUACGCCCUCCUUAUCAGCGAGACACAGACCAUCAAAUUCGAGAUGGAACGCGUCCAGGGUAAAGUCAAUCGUAGCAUGACGCUACUCGAGAGUUUGUCGUCGGAACGCGGAAGAUGGGAGUCAGGCAGCCGUACCUUCGAAGCUGAGAUGAGUACCAUCGUCGGCGACGUCUUGUUGUCGGCUGCAUUCCUGGCGUAUGGAGGGUUCUUCGAUCAACACUACCGAGAGGUUAUGUGGCAAGAAUGGUCAAACCAUCUGGCCGAGGCUAAUAUCAAAUUCAAACCAGAAUUGUCCUUCACAGAAUACCUCUCCACGGCUGAUGAUCGCCUCAGCUGGCAAUCGAAAUCUCUGCCUUCUGACAACCUGACUACCGAAAACGCCAUUAUGCUUAAGCGCUUCAACCGCUACCCGCUUAUCAUCGACCCGACGGGGCAAGCCACAACUUUCCUGUUGAAUGAAUACAAGGAACGAAAGAUCACUGUCACUAGUUUCUUGGAUGAAGCCUUCCUCAAAGUAUUGGAAAGUGCCCUUCGGUUCGGAAAUCCUCUCCUGAUUCAGGACGUGGAGCACUUAGACCCUAUCCUGAACGCUGUUCUUAACAAAGAAAUAAGACGAACGGGUGGUCGUGUGCUCAUACGAUUGGGAAGCCAAGAUAUUGAUUUCUCCCCGUCAUUCACAAUGUUCUUGUCCACUCGGGAUCCAUCCGUGGAGUUCUCGCCUGACAUCUGCAGUCGUGUCACUUUCGUCAACUUCACAAUGACAAGGAGCAGUUUGCAAAGCCAAUCCCUUGAUCAAGUGCUCAAAGUCGAGCGACCAGACACAGAACGCAAGCGCACUGAUCUAAUGAAGGUCCAGGGCGAAUUCCGACUCCGACUUCGGACUUUGGAGAAACUUCUCCUGCAAGCACUGAACGAAUCAUCAGGCAAUAUAUUGGAUGAUGAUAAGGUCAUUGACACCCUGGAAACCCUCAAACGCGAGGCAGCCGAGAUCACUCGCAAAGUGGAAGAAACCGAUGUGGUCAUGCGUGAAGUCGAACAGGUCACGGCCGAAUAUCUGCCUCUAGCGCAAGCUUGCAGCUCUGUAUUCUUCGUAUUGGAGCAAUUGAACCUCGUCAAUCAUUUCUACCAAUUCUCGCUGCGGUUCUUCCUCGACGUCUUCGACUACGUUCUGCACCACAACCCGAAUCUGAAGAACGUGACCGAUCAUGGUCUUCGUCGCGACAUCCUGCUCAAAGACCUUUUCCUCGUCGUCUAUAAAAGAACAUCCCGUGCCCUCCUCUAUCGGGACCAUCUUAUGUUGGCCAUGCUUCUUGCGCAAGUCAAGCUUCGUGGGGUUGAAGACAUAGGAGACGAGUUGGAAUUUUUGUUGGAGAGUGGCGACGGACUUGCAGCUGCAGCUGCUGUUGCAACUCAAGCACAGAAUCAUCCUAUCCUCUCUUCUGAACAAAUUCUCCGCCUCGAAACCUUCUCCAAGCAAAGCCUGUUCAAACCAGUAGAAUCUCAUAUCUCGAGCCACGAAGCCGAUUGGGUGCCUUUCCUUCAAGCGCCUGACCCUGAAAGUUCGGUGCCCACACCUUGGGAUGCUAGUACACCUGCUGUGGAAGCCAUUCGAUCUCUUCUGCUCAUCAAAUGCUUCCGGCCAGACAGGCUGGUACAAUCGACUGCUCUAUUCGUGCGCGCCGUGUUUGAAACAGAUAUCUCUGCGGAGGCGUCCUACGAUUUGGGUUCAUUAGUAGCUGAUGAGAUCCCAGCAGCAACUCCAGUGGCGCUUGUCUCCGUCCCUGGCUAUGAUGCCAGCUACCGCGUUGAGAGCUUGAUCAAGAACACCGGUGCUCGUGCUACCUCUGUUGCAAUGGGAUCGCAGGAAGGCUUUACGCUGGCCGACCAAGCCAUCGCUGCGGCAGCUCGUCAAGGUUCAUGGGUACUCUUGAAGAACGUUCACCUGGCACCGUCAUGGCUGGGUCAAUUGGAAAAGAAGCUGCAGACACUCAACCCACACCGCGGCUUCCGCCUCUUCUUGACAAUGGAGGCGAACCCCUCUAUCCCCGUCAACAUUCUCCGUCAAUCACGCUUGAUCAUGAACGAGCCCCCUCCAGGUGUCAAGGCGAACCUCCUCGACUCUUUGCUCACAAUCACACCCCAGCGCCUGUCGCAAGGCCCGUCCGAAAAAGUCCGUCUUUACUUCCUCCUCGCCUGGUUCCAUGCUGUCGUCCAGGAACGACUUCGUUACGUACCACUGGGCUGGAGCAAGUCGUACGACUUCAACGACUCCGAUAUGGCAUCUGCGUUCUCUACUAUCGACACAUGGCUAUCUAACGUUUCCCGCGGACGAGCAAACAUCGACCCGGUUACGAUCCCCUGGGACGCGCUGAGGACACUUGUCAAGCAGUCCGUGUAUGGCGGCAGAGUCGACAGCGACUUUGACCAGAGGAUCCUUGACUCUUUCGUCGACUCGCUCUUCACCCCAAAGGCCUAUAAUGUCGACUUCGACCUCGUGCCGAGCUUGUCCAACGGUCAGACACUGGUCGCCCCGGAGGGUACAAAGAUGGAGCACUUCUUUACUUGGGUGCAAGCCCUGCCAGAGCGUGAGCCUCCCUCUUGGUUGAGCCUUCCUCCGACUGCCGAGCGUGUCAUUGCCGUCGCUCAAGGAAAUGAACUCCUUGGUAAGCUGCGCAAGAUGAGGAUGUUGGCCGAUGACGAUGACGAGUUGGCCUCCACUACUGCAGCCAAGUCGCAGACGUCUCAGCAGCCUGCAUGGAUGAGAACACUGCUUGAACGGUGCCGUGAGUGGCUCGAGUUGCUACCCAAGACGUUCAGCACGCUCGCCAAGCCAGCAGCUGACCAUCAAGACCCUCUGUACCGUCUCUUCUCCCGCGAAGGCGCCAUUGGCCGCCGACUGCUCGGCAGCGUCAAAAAAGACCUCGAAGACGUUGUCAAAGUAUGCCUCGGAGAGCUCAAGCAGACCAACCAUCUGCGCACGCUCAUGAGCUCCCUAACGAAGGGUACUAUCCCGGACCACUGGCGCCGGUACAAGGUCAACAAAGCCAUGGCUGUCUCCGGAUGGAUUGCCAACUUCGCCCGCCGGCUCGUGCAGCUCGACCACAUCGCAUCUUUAGACAACCUGAAUAACGUCGAGGUGUGGCUCGGAGGGCUGUUCUUCCCCGAGGCAUACAUUACCGCUACACGUCAGGCGGUGGCGCACCGCAAGAAAUGGAGUUUGGAGACGCUGCACCUGAGGCUAGACAUUGAACGGGUUAAUGACCCUGGCUCGUUCGUCAUUGACGGACUGGUGCUGGAAGGCGCGUCCUGGACGAAUGAUCGCCUUGCCCUGAACGACGGAGAUGCGGUCCGGUUGAAUCCCUCGCAGCUUCGGUGGGUGCAGGUCGACGAGUCGAGUCAGGAUGGCUUGGUCAAUUUGCCUGUUUACCUCAACAACGACCGGAGCGACGUGUUGUUCACUGUGGACUUGCCAUUCGACAGCGCGGCGGGCUCGUUGGUCGCGACGAGGGCUGUUUGCUUGACUGCUGGAGGUUAG